AAAUCCACCAUUUAAAUGCUUAAAUAUCUCAAAAACCUUGCAAACCCAACACAAAUCUUCAAGCUUUUGCUUCAAUUUUGUGUGGCAUUUGCUAUUCUCUCUCUGUCAUGGCUUCAGAAGGGUUGGAAGCAAAAGAAAACAAGUGGGAAGUUUAAGUUCUGGGGGUCAGGCUCAGGAAGAAGGGAUAAAUGCAAAACCAUGGUUUCUGGGGUGCCAUUUCAGUUUUCACCAAGAGAAAUUUGUGCUACAUUAGAAUACUAGAGGGUGGAGAUGAUGAAUUUGAGAAUAUAAAACAUGGAGAAAUUAAAGCCAUAAUUGCCCUAAGUUGCACAGCAAGUCAAAUUAAUGUGGGGUUUCUUACACCCGAAAACAAAGCCUUACAGUGGAUCAUUAGUCGUAUUCUUGCUCAAAGGAAGGGAUCUAAGUCUGUUGCAAUUGGUAGUGAUUUACCAUGGUUUGAUUAUCUUCUCAAAUGGAAAAGGCUGAAUCGUGGUAUAUUUAUUUACUGGAACCUAAUCAAGAAUUACUCAUCAAAUAUGGGGCUUCUUCAUGGUGCUCUGAUUACUAGAUUGAUGAAGAGGGAGAAUAUUGAUCUUACACCUUAUAGGCUUGGAAAGAUUCAAGGUGGGACUACACUCAAAAAGGCCUCAUUUGAGAAUAUACAAUAUGAGCUUCGGAAUGGCUUUUGGAGGAAGAAAGUGGAUCAAGCAAUGGAACAACAAAAGGAUGAGGAAAAAGGAGAUGUAGACCAAGAAAUGGCAGAGCAGGGGGAAGAAGAACAUGGAGGUGACAGCCAAUGACCCUUUCAAGCCUCCAUGCAAAGGACUAAUCGCGAGACCAUGGAGCUUAUGAUGAAUUAGAUGCGGCAAUUGCACACUGGCUUUUAUGAUUUUUGGAAGGAGAUGAGAGGGAGGAUGGAUACUAUGGAUGGAAAGCUUGAUCAGCUUGUUAACCACUUUUUCCCUCCACCCCCACCUAGUACCUCUCUUUUGGCUAAUCUUUAGGAUGGACAUCAUAGGCACAUUCAUUUUCAUUUUUAGAUUGUCUUUAUUUUACUUUCUUGUGUUUGGUGGCUAAGACUAAAUGCUACUUUGUUAA